AUGAAUAGAAAAAAAAUAUUGGCAUUAUUAUGUACACUACUACUCUGUGUAUCUAUUAACACUCAACAAUCUUUAGCAGAUAUUGCAGGACUAACUCCAUGCAAAGACUCAACUGCCUUUUCAAAAAGAUUAAAAAAUAGCGUGAAUAAGUUAGAAAACCGUCUUGCAAAAUAUGAUGCAUCAACACCACCAGCAUUAGCUCUUAAAGAACAAAUCAAUAAAACAAAGAUAAGAUUCAAUAAAUAUAGUAAAUCUGGCGUAUUAUGCGGGACAGAUGGUCUGCCACACUUAAUUACUGAUGGAAGAUGGAAUCAUGCUGGAGAAUUUGUCUUUCCAGGCCUAUUAUUUAUAUAUAUUACAGGUUGGAUUGGAUGGGUUGGUAGAGGAUAUUUACAAGCUAUCUCUAAAACAAAAAAACCUACAGAAAAAGAAAUUAUCGUUGAUGUUCCAUUAGCUCUUAAAUUUUCAGUAUCAGGCUUCACUUGGCCAUUAGCUGCUAUACAAGAAUUUACUAGUGGUCAAUUAUUAGCGAAUAAUGAAGAUAUUACUAUAUCUCCACGUUAA